AAGUUUCAAAAUGCCCUACGCCAAUCAACCCUCUGUGACAAUUACCGAAUUGACUGAUGACAAUGUAAAGUUCGUGCUGGAAGAUACCGAAUUGAGUGUGGCGAAUAGUUUGCGGCGCGUUUUUAUUGCUGAGACACCAACAUUGGCAAUUGAUUGGGUUCAACUGGAGGCAAAUUCCACAGUUCUAUCCGAUGAAUUCUUGGCGCAUCGUAUUGGCUUGAUACCCCUCAUAUCCGAUGAGGUUGUAGAACGUUUGCAAUAUACUCGUGAUUGUAUCUGCUUGGAUUUCUGUCCCGAAUGCAGUGUAGAAUUCACAUUGGAUGUUAAGUGUACUGAAGAUUCGACCAGACAUGUUACUACGGCUGAUUUAAAAUCAAGUAAUCCCAAGGUGCUGCCCGUCACCUCACGUCAUCAAAACGAUGAAGAUAAUGAAUACGGCGAAAGUACUGAUGAAAUUUUAAUUAUUAAAUUGCGCAAGGGUCAGGAGCUGAAAUUGCGGGCCUAUGCCAAAAAGGGUUUCGGUAAAGAACAUGCCAAAUGGAAUCCCACAGCUGGUGUUUGUUUUGAAUAUGAUCCGGACAAUUCAAUGCGUCACACUUUGUACCCCAAGCCGGAUGAAUGGCCCAAGAGUGAACAUACCGAACUGGAUGAUGAUCAAUAUGAGGCUCCAUACAAUUGGGAAGCGAAACCGAAUAAAUUUUUCUAUAAUGUGGAGUCAUCGGGCGCAUUGAAACCGGAAAAUAUUGUCAUAAUGGGUGUACAGGUGUUGAAAAACAAAUUGUCCAAUUUACAGACCCAGCUCAGUCAUGAGACACAAAAUGAUGCUUUAGCUGUUUAA